UAUCUAUAAUGAUCAAAAAGCAAGAAUCAGAAUUAGUUGUGCAAAGAUGGUUUUUGGAAUUGGGUUAUCAGUUAUGAGUAUUUCUGCUUUAUAUCUAUUUUCAGUAGAUACAAGUCCUUUUAGAUAUAUUGGUUUGGCAACUAUUAGAACACUUAGAUUAAUAUCAACAGCUGCUUUAUGUUUUAAUGAUUAUCGUCGAACCAUUAAUUUCAAUUAUUUGAAUGAGAAGGAGAGGAUGUAUGCAAUGUCUUUAUGUCAUAAAAGAUGUGCUAAACGCACUUUAUCUUGUUUAGAAAAGAAUGGUGGAAUAUUUAUUAAGCUUGGUCAGCAUUUAAGUAGUAUGUCAUAUUUAAUUCCUUCUGAAUGGACAUCUGCUAUGGUUUGUUUACAGGACAAAUGUCCAUCAUCUUCAGUAGAUGAUAUUAAAAAAAUGUUUUUAGAUGAUACCGGAAAGCCAUUAGAGGAUUUUUUUUCAUUUUUUGAUGAAAAGCCUGUAGGUGUUGCUAGUUUAGCUCAAGUUCAUCGAGCUAUUAUGAGAGAAACUGGUCGUGAAGUUGCAGUAAAAGUUCAACAUCCAUCUUUAAGAAAUUUUAUGAUUAUUGAUGUUUUCUUAACCAAAAAGAUUCUUAGUUCAAUUAAAAGAUUUUUUCCUGAAUUUACUUUAACUUGGUUAAGUGAAGAAAUGGAAUUUUCUUUACUACAUGAACUUAAUUUCAAAGAAGAAGCGGAAAAUGCUAUUCGUAUUAAGAGGCAUUUUGAAAAAAUAAAGAGAUUUUCUGUUUAUAUUCCAGAAAUUAUAUGGUCAGAAAAAAGGAUUUUAAUUAUGGAAUACAUCAAGGGUGUGAGAAUUGACGAUCAUAACUAUAUGUUAGCAAAUAAUAUAUCUCGAAAUGAAGUUAGUGCUGAGUUAUCGCAUAUAUUUAAUGAAAUGAUAUUUGGCGACGAUGGAUAUUUACAUUGUGAUCCUCAUGGUGGAAAUUUGCUUAUUAGAUCACGAGUUAAAACAUCUCAAUUGAGAUAUAAUUUUGAAAUUGUAUUGUUAGAUCAUGGAUUAUAUAGACAAAUUCCUUUAGAUCUUCAAAGAUCUUAUGCAAAACUUUGGCUUUCGAUUAUAAAUAUGAAUGAAAAGGAUAUGAAACAAUAUUCAUAUGAAGUUGCUGGAAUUAGUGAAGAUAAAUUUCAUUUGUUUACAAGUGCAAUUACUGGUCGAAAUUUUGCAUCAUUAAAAAAAUCAAUAGUUAAAAAAAAAGGAAAUAAUCUUAAUCGAAUCAUUGUAACUCAGGGUUUUAUAAUGCGGUUAGUAGAAUUGUUGAAUGAUGUUCCACGAAUUAUGCUUUUACUUUUUAAAACUAAUGAUUUGCUUCGUUCGCUUGAUGAAAGUCUUAGGACUACUUAUGGACCUAAACGUACUUAUAGUAUUCUUGGAAAGUAUUGUGCAAGAGUUAUUUAUCAGGAGGAUUUGGAUAAAUUAUAUUCCAAAAAAGUCUUUGGAAAUUAUUGGAAUCCUUUUUUGGCACAAUAUUUAUUUUGCAUUUGGAAAUAUUAUUAUAUAGUAGCUUCACUUUAUAUUUAUGAAUGGUAUUUGUUUAUUUUUGGUUAAUAAUUAGUUAUAGUGAUUAUUGUCUUGGUAUAACUGCUG